CUCGCCCGUGAACGCGAGUCGGUUAACGGCCAUCGGGAAACAUAUGACCCUGCAUGUGACGCUGUUUUUGAGUGGAGCACUUUCGUUGUGACAGUUGCUUGUUUCCUUGAGGUACAUACGCGUAUAUGCACUUUGUCGGCUCAAAGAAAGAGCGCAACGAAGAAACGUCUCGGAUAGAAAAUUUAUUUGAAAAAAAAAAAAAAAAACAGUGUUUGACAGCAUCGUCCUUUUAUUACGCCGUUCGCACUUGGCUUAUGUAUGUUAUAUACGUUAGUGUCGAAAUUAGUAUUCGGAAGGUAACUGAUCACCCCUCCAAAGAAAGCGGCCACUGACGAGUAGUGUUUCAAAAUUUACAACGAUGAGCGACGAUCAAGCAAACGAGCAGAGUCCGACUGCAGAGUUGUCAUCGAGUGAUAUAGAAAAAUUGGAAGAAGCAAAGCUAAAAGCAAAAUUUCCAAAUGCAGCUCGACCAUUUGGUGGUCAUUCUGCGUUUCUGCAAAAAAGACUAGCAAAAGGACAAAAAUAUUUUGAUUCUGGGGAUUAUCAAAUGGCAAAACAAAAAUCUACGGCUAAGCCAAAGCCAGCUGGUGUUCUGCCAACAGGGGAUGCUAUACCAACACCAGAAACGGUACCACAACGAAAAACAUCUAUCAUACAACAAAAAUUUAAUACAUCAACAUCUUCAUAAGAUUGUCAUUUUUUAAAACUCUACUUUGUUAAUUAGUCUUAUAUUUGGAUGCUAGAGUAAUAUGGUUCCUUAUAAAUAAUUGGAGAUUUAAACCUUAUGUUUCACAUUUUUCAAAAAUAUUUCUUGAAUUAUUUUAUAUAGUACCAUAAAAUUCUUGUGUCUUUAGUGAAUCGAUUAUUUCUCAGCUGCGUAUUCUUAAAGGAGCAUUUGUAAUAUUAUAAUAAAAAUGAUGUUCUUUAUAAAUGU